GACGAAAACUAACAAUGUGUUAGUCCCAAACCCAAAUCUGACCUGACGAAGAUCUGACUGGCAUCGAAAUGUGCCUAAUUAAAUAAACAAUUUUGUGGUUUUGAGUCAGGAUGUAGGCAUUACUCUUUUCAUCAGUAGUGAUUUCCAGUAUAGCCUUGCAACUACAUACAUGUGAUUUUUGUACAACUCAGUCCUACUGAAGAAAAAAAUUAUACUCAUUGACUGCAAUGUGGCUGAUGGCCUUGCCGGGUGCAAUGCCAAUUACCUUAAAGUGGAUCACCUGUGUGCUUGUUAUUUAAGAGCCUUCUAUACUUCCUGCUUGUGACACUGAUGAAGGCUGGGUGGCUGAAAAUAAUUGUCUUCUGUAAAUAAAGUGACUUCUGGUCUCUGUUACCAUCUACUCCCAUCUUUAAUCUUUAAAAACAGGUCAUAACUAUAGACUUUCAUUCAAAAUAAAAAAGCUAAAUAAUUCCAUAAAACAGCUAAGAACUGCAGUUUUUGGUAACAUUACUCCAGAGCUCCUGUGUGGCCGAGGGAGAUCCUGGAGCCUGUGGUGGUCAGUGCUGGCUUGCCUCUGGUCUUGUCCUGUGACCCUCCGCCUGGCCCGCCUAAACCUGAAACCUACUGGAUGUCCAGCUGCUCAUAUGCGAGACCUUUCAACUGGCCCAUUCAGACAGCUUUCCCCACCAUGCAGCCUGUGCGGCAGGACCGUAGGGUUUCCAUGGGAGUCGAUGGAGAUCUGUACUUCUCUAACGUCCUGUUUAACGACUCUUCUGCUGAUUACUGCUGUAAUGCCCGUUUCCCGUACAAGAACGUCAUACAGCAGAAGAUGCCCGUGGUUGUUAAAGUGCUUACAACUCGAACAGUGGCCGAGGCUGCCCCCACCUGGCUGUCUCCAAAAGGCUCAUCCAGCUCCAUACUGGUCCUGCAAGGGGAGGAACUGCUCCUGGAGUGUAUCGCUGCAGGAAUGCCAACUCCUCAUAUUACCUGGACCAAGGAUGGUGAGGACCUGGCGGUGACGCCACGCAUGAAAGUAAAAAACUUCAACAAGAUGAUUCAAAUCCCUAAGGUGUCUUUUGAUGAUGCCGGUGAAUACGUGUGCACUGCUACCAAUAAGAUCGGCUACACUGAGCACACAAUAACCGUCAAGGUCAAAGCGGCUCCAUUCUGGUUGGAGAAGCCCAAGGAUUUGGUCUUGGCUCCUGAAGAAAAUGGUCGUUUGGUAUGUCGUUCUGAUGGGGCUCCUCGUCCCACAGUGAGCUGGUUCAUCAACGGGGAACCAAUUGAAAGUGCUACACCACAGGCUAACAGGCAGGUGUCAGGAGAAACGCUGAGCUUCCGCAGUGUGACCGCUGCAAACAAUGCCGUCUACCAGUGCAAUGCUUCAAAUCAGUAUGGAUACCUAUUGGCCAAUGCUUUUGUCAACGUGCUACAUGCAACACCACGUAUUCUCGGGCCGAAGAAUGAACUCAUCAAGGUGAUAGAGGGCAGUCGUACCUUCUUGGACUGCCGCUAUUUUGGUUCUCCAGUGCCCGAAUUGCGAUGGUCCAAAUAUGGACAGGGAAAUCUGGAAGGAAAUCGUUUUAAGACCCACAGUAAUGGAACUCUGGAGAUCAAACAUAUACGAAUAGAGGACCAGGGAACUUACUCGUGUGUAGUCAGCAACAUCGCAGGAAGAGAUGAGAGUCAAGUACGAAUAGAGGUCAAAGAGCCCACGCUAAUUGUCACAAGACCACAGAGUAUAAAAGUCAUCCGUGGAAGCGAUGUGCGAUUCGAUUGUGGUGUAAAAGCAGAUGCCACUACUUCUGUCACAACCACCUGGAUGAAAGAAAAAAAGCUGGUCACUUUUGGCUGGAGAAUCUCUCUGGAUGAAUCAAAUCUGGUCAUCACCAAUGUAAACAGAGGUGAUGAGGGCAAUUAUACCUGUGUCAUCAAGAGCGAACUGGACCAGAAAUCUGCCUCAGCACGCCUAAUGGUGAUGGACCGUCCGGAUCCUCCCGCUAACUUGGAAUUGUCGGAUCCAUAUGAACGUAGUGUUAGACUCAGUUGGGUUCCAGGAGACAGCAACCACAACCCCAUUACAGAGUACUUAGUGCAGUAUGAUGAUGAUGACUGGUUGCCAGGGAAGUGGAGAAACCUAUCAACAUACCCAGGGAACCUCAACUCUGUCAUUCUGCAUCUUUCACCUUUCACCUACUACGAGUUCAGGGUCAUCGCUAUAAAUGAAAUCGGACCAAGUCGCCCCAGUCGUCCAUCGAUGCGCUUCCAGACCAGCGGUGCACCCCCAGAUGUCAUCCCAAAGAACAUAAAGGGUGUGGGUACCUGGAGGAAUAACAUGGAGAUCAGCUGGGAGCCUCUGACCUACAGAGAGUGGAACGGGCCUCACCUGAAGUAUCUGGUGUGGUGGAGGAGGAGAGAUUCCCGAGAGGAGUGGAAGAAUGCUACCACCAAAUGGCUGAAGUACUACAUCUAUGACGCGGAUACCUUCACUCCUUAUGAGAUCAAAGUCCAGGCUGUCAAUGACUUUGGGCUGGGCCCGGAGUCUCCUGUUGUCAUUGGUUACUCUGGGGAAAGCCGUCCCUUAACUGCACCCCUGAACCUGAGAGUGUCCGACAUCGAGAGCACUCAGGUGACUUUGCACUGGGAUCCGGUGACACGCAGCUCUAUUAUGGGAGCACUGAAGGAAUACAAGGUGUACUACUGGAGGGACAGCAGCCAGCUGAGGUGGUUGAGAGUCAACAGAGCAAUGCAGUCUAAAGCAUUUACAGACAAUGUUCCAGAGCCAUCUGGGGUCCUCACUGGGCUCUUCCCUUACAGCAACUACAAGAUGUAUUUAGUGGUGGCAAACAAUCGAUACGAAGGGCCGCCCAGUAAUAAUGUACAGUUCUCAACAACUGAAGGAGUACCAUCUUCUCCCAGAUCCUUCAGGAUCCAACAGCGCCAUCUGGACAGUAUUUAUGUCGACUGGGACCUGCCAGCAGAACCCAACGGUAUCAUCACUGGGUAUUCCCUCAAGUACCAGACAGUGAAUGCCACCAGGGGAGAGGAGUUGCGAGUCGAGGAUUUUCCUCCAAAUGUAACCAGCUUCUCCGUCCGCCGAUUCGACCGCUACACUCGAUACAGAUUCUCCGUGGCGGCGCGAACUCAGGCCGGGAUAGGAGAAUGGCAUACGGAGGAGUCACCCCACUACACCACUGAAACGUAUGCUCAGGACCAGGUGGACAUCUCCACUCAGGGCUGGUUCAUUGGGAUAAUGUGUGCUGUGGCUCUCAUCGUGGUCAUUCUUCUUAUAGUCUGCUUCAUCAAGAGGAGCCGAGGGGGUAAAUACCCAGUACGGGAAAAGAAGGACAUUUCAUUGGAGCCGGUGGAUGACAAAGACCAAGAGGGAUCAUUUGAUUAUCGGUCUCUUGAAAGGAUAGCACGUAUCUCCACUCUGCCCUACCCCCGGAGGGAGGAGGAAAGAGGGCUUCAAAGAGGUCAGCCGUCUAUGGAGGCAAUGAUGAAGCCGUCAGACAGUGACGACAGUCUGGUGGACUAUGGAGAAGGAGGAGAGAUACCAUUCAACGAGGACGGGUCCUUCAUUGGCCAGUACACAGGAACCAGGAUAGAUGUCAGGGAGUUGGACUUUGGUGGAAGUGUUGAGCUUCACUCUCCAAUGAACACCAUCUACUCCAUGGCAUAAAAGUCAAAAUUGAAACGUCUUUUCUCACUUCAACUCAACUACUUGUCACGUAACUUUGCAGUGCUUGUACCCUGCACCUGGAGGAGCUUGUGGUGCUGGUGGUUGGUCUGCAGGAGGGGGACAGUUGGAGCUGUUAUACCCUCUGUGUCCUUGCAGCCAACACAGCUUUCAUGCAUUUGAAGAAGAAAAUGUUGGAUAGUUGGGACACUGUUUGGAGGGAUGAUUCUUAAUCAUCUGAUGAAAAGGAAGCGUUACAUUUGGUUUUGUAAAUAAAAUUACUGUGUACACAUUAUGUACAUGCCUACGCAUUGGUUCAGUUAUGGAGAGACACUGGCUGCACAUCAGAAGAGACAGAAGUGGAUCAGUUUAUCAUGUUGAUAAAAGCAGUUGCAAGGACCCACUUAACUACUGUUAUUACAGCUUUGAAUUUACUCUGCUAAUUUAAAUAAUGAGAUUUAUGUAACUUUUGUACGUUGAUUGAUUGAAAUAAGAGUCAUACUUUCAGCCUUGGGUGAGCCACAGUGUAAUCUCAGAAGUUUGAUUGUCUCCCUUUGGCAACAUGUACCUUUUGAUGUGUAAAAGUGUUUUCGGUGACAGAUGAAGGACAAUAAAAUAUUUUCAGGGA